UCAAGCCUCAGAGGAACUUCACGCAGAUCAAGGCUACCCUCCCCUCCGGCAGCUACGCUACCUCCUCGCGGACUACAUGCCGUUCUCGGGUAGAGGUAGAUACUCAGCUCGAGGAGGCCUAUGCAGUAGCUUACGAGGAGUAUCUCGAGAAGAUUAAGGAGCAUGACCUUGUGAAAGAUGCCUAUGUCCAGUGGACGAGCAACCAGAUGGCGAGUUUCACUCGGUUCAUGAUGACUGGAGUGCGAGAGGAACCACUCCCAGAGCCACCUCAUCCGGGGCCGACGCCAGUGUUCCCGUCCAAGGAGGAGUUCUAUAUCAUGUACAAGCGUCAGCGUCAGUUGACCCCGGGAUUGGGAGAAUCCGGGAACGACACUCCUUGUGGUACGCCGAUGCACCCCGGUCGCCAUUCUCCUGGUGCUUCUGCCGAACCUCGGCAUGGUUCUACUUCCGGUGGCUCUCGUCGUGGUUCUACCUCCCCGAGCACCGUCGAAGUAUUCCAGCCUCGCUUCACCCAAGCGGAGCUAGAUGAGUACUCGGGUCCGCCGGGUGGUGCACCACCAUAGUUUCUACAUUGUACUAGCACAUGACACAUGCUAUAUGUGUACAAUGAUCUAUGUAGGAUGACUAUAUGUAC